GCUCCACAAGGAGGACACACUUGUCCCCACUGGCAGCAGAAGCAGCAGCUCAGGGCUCUCCGGAGAACUCGAGACUCAUCCGUCUGCAGAGAAGGACCGACCCCGUGUCCAUGGCUCACAGUGAGGACAACGCGCUGAGGAUCGUGCUCGUGGGGAAAACCGGCAGUGGGAAAAGUGCCACAGGAAACACCCUCCUGGGGAAGAAUGCUUUUAAAUCUAAAAUUGCAGCCCACGCUGUUACCAAGACGUGCCAGGCAGAAUCCCGGGGAUGGCAGGGGAGGAGCCUUCAUGUGGUGGACACCCCGGGGCUCUUUGACACCAAGGAGACCCUGGACACCACCUGUCUGGAGAUCAGCAAGUGCGUCCUGCACUCGGCCCCAGGGCCCCACGCCAUCCUCAUGGUGGUGCCGCUCAUCCGCCAGACGGAGGAGGAGCAGAAAACCAUCAAGUUGAUCAAGAGCGUCUUCGGGGAUACCGCCAUGAAGCACAUGAUCCUCUUGUUCACGCGCAAGGAAGAUUUGGGGGACAGUAGCCUGAGUGAGUUUGUAGCAGAGGCACCAGUGCUGCUAAAAAGCAUGGUCUUCGAGUGUGGGGGCCGCUGCUGCGCCUUCAACAACAGCGCUGGGGCGGCCGAGAAGGAGGCUCAGGUGCAGGAGCUGGUGGGGCUGAUAGAGAAGAUGGUGCAGAGCAACGGAGGGCUGUACUUCUCUAACAACAUCUAUGAGGAGAUGGAGAAAAAGCUCAAAGAAAAGGAGGAGAAGUUGAAGCAAAAGUACACAGAGCACAGAGAUAAAAAAAUUAAACAGGUAGAAAAGGAAGAUGCUGAUAAACCAAGGGAAGACAGGGAAAGGAAAAUCGAAGCGCUGCAGAGGCAAUGGGAAGAGCAGAGCAAACAUGCAAGGGAUGAAGCUAAGGACGGUGUGCUGGACGACAUUGUGAAUUUUGUCAAUUGGGUCAAGGAUAAACUGUCAGGAGUAUGGGACGGGUUUUGGGAGUAAUGUCAGCCUCAGCUUCCUUCCCAGUCUGUGGUGACGCUAAUGCGGUACGUGCGUCCCCACGUGAGGCCGUGGCAGUGUGUCCUGUCUUCCUUGUCCCUGCACCCUGACCUUGUUCCCUGCCAUUGAGCGGUGGGGUCUGUGUUCCCUGCCUGACGUGGAUGGACAGCAGGUGGCUGACGCAGCCCCAGGGACUUCCCAAGUGGAGCCAGAACCUGCCCCCUGCUCCCUUGGGUGCUCGCCCUUGGACUGGCCACCAUGUGGUGAGCAAGCGCACAGCACCACCGAGAGCCCUCCAUGGACAGGAGGUCCACCCACUGGCCCAUCCAGGCUGACCUUCCAUCUGCAGCACAAGUGAGGAACAGGGACGUGGACGUUCUAGCUGCCCGAGGGCCCAUGAGGCUGAGAGAGCAACGAUGAGCCCUCCCUGCCCCAGACCCGUCCACAUGGGAUUCAUUAAAA